AAAAUGAAACGGACAAUCCAAGAGACGCCAGGACCCAGCAGCACUACAGUACCACCUCCAAAAAAAUUAAAUUCGCAAAGAAAUGGCUCUAAUUUGGAGCCCGGCAGCAUUUAUUUCACGCCGAUUGGCGGAAUCUCGGUACCCCGUCAAGAAUCUGAAAGCUCACGGUCUCUGGACGAGAUUUUAGCCGACAUUCGGCCCAUCAACUCACUUCAUUUCUCGUUUAUGCUCGAUUUCGAGUUUUUAAUCGGCUCCUACCCUCCAUCACUCCGCGAGUACCCGAUAACUCUUGUAGUCGGAGCCCCCGAUGCUCCAGAUCUCUUAAAAUGCACAAAAAACCAGAAGCUGGUUACAGUAGUCGGCGCGUCGCUGCCAAUUCCGUUCGGGACCCAUCACACGAAAAUGUCGAUUCUGGAAGACGAGGACGGGCGGUUCCAUGUGAUCGUUUCGACGGCAAAUUUGGUACCAGAUGACUGGGAAUUCAAGACGCAGCAGUUUUAUUAUAAUUUUGGAGUUAAAAUUGCGUCUGGCACGGUGCCAAGAUCCGACUUCCAAGAUGACCUUCUCGAGUACCUGAGCAUGUACCGUAACCAACUGGACACAUGGAAACAGCUUCUCCAAAAAGUUGAUUUUUCUCAAAUCUCCGACCGUCUCAUCUUCUCAACGCCCGGUUAUCACACCGAUCCGCCCACGCAACGUCCGGGACACCCACGCCUUUUCCGUAUUCUUUCGGAAAAGUUUCCAUUUGAUGCGAGUUACGAGCACACGGAACGAUGCACAUUUGUGGCUCAAUGCAGCUCAAUUGGCUCACUAGGAUCUGCUCCAAUCAACUGGUUUCGCGGGCAAUUUCUGCAGAGCCUCGAAGGAGCAAAUCCGUCGCCGAAGCAAAAGCCCGCGAAAAUGUAUUUAGUGUUUCCGAGUGUUGAGGAUGUUCGGACGAGUUGUCAGGGUUAUGCGGGUGGAUGUUCUGUGCCGUAUCGCAAUAGUGUGCAUGCUCGUCAAAAAUGGCUGCAAGGCAACAUGUGCAAAUGGCGCUCCAAUGCGAAACGAAGGACGAACGCAGUGCCCCACUGCAAGACCUAUGUGAAAUAUGACAAGAAAGUGGCGAUUUGGCAAUUGCUGACCAGUGCCAAUUUAUCGAAAGCCGCGUGGGGAGAAGUGUCGUUCAAUAAAUCGAAAAACGUAGAGCAACUAAUGAUCCGCUCAUGGGAAAUGGGUGUUCUUAUCACUGAUCCAAGCCGUUUCAAUAUUCCAUUCGACUACCCACUGGUACCGUAUUCGGCCACCGAUGAGCCAUUUGUGACCGACAAAAAACACGAGAAGCCCGACAUUUUGGGAUGUAUCUGGACACCGCCUUAACCCUGAUUUUGGGCUCAUUUUCUGUGAAAAAUUGCUUGUUUUUUUGAAUUGAUAAUCUCAUUUUCCUGUGAAUUUCAUUAAUUUCUAACGCUUUACAAUAAAAUCUCGCUUUUUUCU